UUAAAAUACGUAAUACAUGCCUGAUAUGGAAAGUAAUCCAAUUACUUACCACCAAACAUUUACGAUGUUGUAAUAAUAAACUGGUCAACGAGUCGUCAAUCGGUGUGGGAAGCAGUGAAGUUAUGACUUCUUCUCAUUCAUAACUUAAACGUGUUUUGUAUUUAUGCGCGCUUGAGAUGGAGUUAAAUUCAGCGCGGCAUAGAUCCAGAGGAUUCCUAACUGUCGUAAUAUUUUUAUUAUUACAUGUUACUUACACCGGUUCCGUAACCGUCCCCGGAGAUGAGAAUAUCGCAGCAGUUGUACGAUUUACGAAUAGUUUGGUUCCUCCUUUAUUUCAGACAUUUUCCGCAAAUUAUACGAAUUUAGUAAUGGCUCCAUUCGGAUUAUCUACCAGUCUCGCAAUAACUAUGGACUGCGUGCAUGGGGAAUCAUUUAAUGAAAUUAUUAAAUUAUUCAAACUACAGUCGAAACCAGCCAGACAACAAUUAAGAACUGGUUUCAAAACAAUACUUCAUGAUUUCAAACAGGCCACGUCGAAUGAUGAACUAGCUGGUUCCUAUAAUAAAGCUUUCUUAACUAGUUCAAAAAUGUUUCCGACGCCUUUCAUCGAACAACUGUCCAAUACAUACUUAGUGGAUGUGACUAAUAACAGUUCAUUGACAAGAAACUUCACCACAGCUCAAAUUCUGGAACUGAGAACUGAUACCGGUAUAAUGAGUCAUUGGCGAGAUUAUCAAAAGCUAGUAGUUUUUACCUAUUUAUCAUAUUCAUCUUCGGAACCAUUCUACAGUCACAUGAAUAAAACAAUCAACGUUCCUAUGAUACCACUCAUUGGCUAUUUCAAAGCUGGAUAUUUGCCUAAGUUAGAGUCAAAUGGAGCUGAAUUAUUGUUCGAGAAUACAAAAGUCAGUUUACUGGUACUAAUGCCCGAUAAGAUCGACGGAUUGAAUGAUCUUCAAACGAAAUUAUUUCAAGAAAAUUUUUUCGAAGUAUUGGAUUCAUUACCGCAACAAGAAACUCAAAUAUUAAUUCCUCAAUUGUCGACUGUAUCGAAUAAUCUGGAAUUUACUUCGAUGCUUAAAUCUUUGGGAGUUGUCUCUGCUUUCAGUUCAAAUCUCAACGACAAGAAAAAAAGAGAUGUUUUUAUACAAUCAAUCAAACAGAACGCCUUUUUUUCAACUAGUUUCACUGCAUUGAAUUCUAUCGGAUCUUUUAUAACGAAAUAUGAUGGUAAGAAUUCAAGUGAUAUUCAAGCUAGAAAGAAGAGAGAAGCAAAAACUAAAAUUGUGUUCAAUAAGCCAUUUAUGUUUUUCCUUAUACACCGAGAAUCCGGUCUAAUAUUAUUGACAGGUCACAUAACUCAACCUAAACUUUUACCAAAUUGAUGAUUUUUCAGAGCUUCAAGUUAAAUGUAGAUUUUUAAAUGGAAAAAUAGAAUACCAAAAUUCAUAUAAUUGUUGAAUGUAUGCUUAGAUAGUUAGGUACCUACAUACAUAUCUAUUUUAUUUUUUUAUUUUUCUAUAUUCAUAAUAACAAGUCAAAUUAUCAUUGUUUCAUUUAAAAUUUAAAUAUUUAUUAUAAGUAGGUACCUACUUGAGUAAGUACCUACAUUAAGGAUGCUUAUUUUUGUCUUUUUGUACACUGAGAAGAGUGGAAGAUUUUUUGUUUAAAAGUUAUUUUAAUUGUAGAUACGAGUACCUUAUGCUUCGCCACCUCUACGCUUAUUCCAAAAAGGGUCUUAAAAGUCAUCUUGAUAAAAUAUUUAGGUACUGCUUGUUGCAGAAUCUUCUUUCUUCGGCGAUAAUAAUUUUUCGGGUUGUUUAUGUUUAAAUCGUAGACAAGUGUACACUUCUUCUAGAGGCAAUGGCUCUAAUACAACAUAUUGACCAGGUUUUUGAUUGAGAAUCAUUUGCUCGUCAAAAUCCUUUUUCAUUGAUUUUAUCAUCUCAUUCCUUUCUAUCACCAUCAUCACAUUGAUUACAUUAGUUUCAUAACUCUCUUCUGUAAAAAUCAAAUUAUAAUUAAGGUUUAAACUCUGUCUACCCACCUACAUAUGUAUGUUCGAAAUUGAAGAGAGGCCACUUAAUUACACAACAGGUGUAAUUAAGCUGAGAUUCGAACAAAGGAAUAUAAUUAUUUGAUCAACUAACUUCUAUCAUCAUUAUCAAAAUUGGCAUAAGUUUCUUCGAUAUCGCGUCCUUUCAUGAUCGAUAAAUCGCUGACAAAUUUAGCCAUGAAAGAUUCCUUUUGUACAGUUUCCAAAAAGUCUUUUUCUGUGAUUUUAUUUUGUGAAUUUCCUUUAAAAUGAAAAAUAGAGAGAUGAGUACCGUCGAGAUAAAAUUACGCUGAUGCUGAUGCUUUUUCAUUUCAGUAGAUAUGCCAAAAUAAUUUUUCAACAUUACCGAAUAAUACCGCGGUAAAAUAUCGAUUGAUUAUUUGGAUAUCUUCAGCAGAUUCUUUGUAUAUAUUUUUCCAAACAGUAUUCAAAUCAAUGUCUGGAGCUGAAAAAAUAAAGAUCACAGCAUAGUUGAUAUAAAUGAAUUGGACAGAUUUUGAUUAAUUGCUUAUGAAGGAAGUAGGUAACUGAAGGUAAAAAUAUUGAAGUGGAUUUACAUUUUUCGUCGUCAAUAUAAGAUUUCAUCGUUUUGAAAAUUGUUUCGUUGAUUUUAUUGUAAAACCGAUUAUAUGAGUCCUUAAACUGGGUGUACUCCUCCACUAUAAACACAAACAAUAAUAUUUUUAUUAUCAUACAUAAUUGUAAUGCGCUUACUUAGAUUCUUUUACAUCUAUGUAGGUCCUAACCACCUGAUUUUUUUUUUUUUUAAACUUCAUCAUUAAACAAAAAGAUACCUACUCACCUCCACACUGAUUAGGUUUUUCCGACAAAGUAUCGUGUAUUACUGAAAUUAAUAGCAAAAUUAAAUACCGAUUUCAAUAUUUUAAUCGUAACUAUAACUUUCAUUCAACUCUUUUAAAGAUUGCAAAAUUAGGUAUUACUUUUUUGUAGAAAAUCAUUUCCUAUGUGAGCAUACCAUGCUAAAUACUGGCCAAUUUUCAAAUAUACGUUGAGGUGUUGUUU